ACUCACUCACUCACUCACUCACUCUUCACCCUACUUGAACCCGACCGUCUCUCCUCUCUUUUUUAAAGAAUCCUCGUCUUCUUUCCUAAACGACAUUACACAUCUGCCAUGACGAGCGGCGUCUCUGAAAAAACAUCAUCCUCAUCCUCCUCACUGCUGCGUAUCCGCUGCAACAAGCGACAGGGCAUUGCCCUCGCUGCCGUCGUCUUUAUGCUCUUUUUGUCACUCUUCACCUUUGCACGGCCGGCCACCGGUCCUUGCGGCGGUCGCACCAUCCGCACAUUCAACGAGGCAGUUGCGUUUAGCCGAGCAUCUUCUCCACAGCAACAACAGCAACAGCAGCAGCAACAACAACAAUACCACCAAUACCGUCAGGACGGCGGAGGCCCAAUCUUUAGAAACCUCAACGACCUCGAAGCAACAGCGAAUGCCAAAGACAACCAGGAGCACGUCCUGAUCCUGACCCCACUCAAGAACGCCGCCAGCUACCUGCCGCGCUACUUUGAGCUCCUGGACAGCAUGUCAUACCCAAAGCACCUGAUCUCAGUCGCCUUUCUCGUCUCCGACACCACCGAUAACACGGUCGAGCUGCUGCAAGAGCAGGCGCAUGUGUUCCUGAACCGCUGGAAGGACCGGUACCACGACAUCACCAUCUACCAAAAGGACUUUAGCUUUGAGCUUCCGGAGGACAAGCGCCACACGUUUGAGCUCCAGCCCCUGCGUCGCUCCUAUAUGGCGAGAGCCCGCAACUACUUGCUGACAGCUGCACUGCGCGACGAGCAUGCCUGGGUGCUGUGGCUGGACGUGGACCUGGUCGAAUACCCGACGACGGUUCUGGAGGACUUGCAGAGCGUCGACGUCGAUGUGGUGGUGCCCAACUGUCUGCGCGAGACCGAGGACAACUCGUUCUGGGGCUAUGACAAAAAUAACUGGCAGGAGACUGACCGUUCCUUGGAAAUGCAAAAGGACUUGGAUCCUGAGUACGUCUUGCUUGAAGGCUACUACGAAUUCCUGACCAACCGGUAUCUGAUGGUGGAUAUGCCGACGCAUCACAGCAAGCUGGAGAAGGUGCCGUUGGAUGGCGUGGGCGCUACAUUCACGCUUGUGAAAGCACACGUACAUCGAGAAGGAGCCAACUUUCCUGCGUUCGUCUUCCAGCACCAGGUCGAAACCGAAGGCUUUGCCAAGAUGGCCAAGGCCAUGGGCUACGGUGUCUAUGGCCUGCCAAGCUACCUCAUCUAUCACACCAUGAAUGGCUAA